GCCCAGCUGCCGCCCCGCGCCUACCCCCGCUACAUCCUGCCGCUCGCCUUCGGCAAGUACUUCGCCUCCGUCUCCGCGCACGUCUCGCUCUGGAGGGUCCCGGUCUCCUACGCGCACACAGUAAAAGCGACGAUGCCAAUAUGGGUGGUUCUUCUUUCGCGGAUCAUAAUGAAGGAGAAGCAGACGACGAAGGUGUACUUGUCUCUGAUCCCCAUAAUAACUGGUGUCCUGUUGGCCACGGUCACGGAACUUUCCUUUGACAUGUGGGGACUCAUCAGUGCACUUGCUGCUACUCUGUGUUUUUCGCUUCAGAACAUCUUCUCCAAGAAAGUGUUAAGAGAUUCCCGAAUACAUCAUCUUCGUUUGCUGAACAUACUUGGGUGCCAUGCUGUGUUCUUCAUGAUCCCAACGUGGGUUUUGGUAGAUCUUUCUUCCUUCUUAGUAGAGAAUGAUUUGAGCACGAUGUCUCAUUGGUCCUGGACCUUGAUGCUGCUUAUAAUCAGCGGGUUCUGUAAUUUUGCCCAGAAUGUCAUUGCCUUCAGUAUUCUCAACCUGAUCAGCCCGCUGAGCUACUCCGUUGCAAACGCCACCAAAAGAAUCAUGGUCAUCACCGUGUCCCUUAUAAUGCUUCGCAACCCGGUGACGAGCACCAAUGUCCUUGGGAUGAUGACAGCUAUCUUGGGGGUCUUCUUGUACAACAAGACAAAAUACGAUGCAAACCAAGAAGCAAAGAAGCAGCUACUUCCCAUUACCACUGGAGACCUUGUGAAUUUGGAUCGGCACCGAAACACUCCUGAAAAGUCUCAGAACGGACUUACGGCAUUUGCACAACAUGGAGACUAUCAGUACGGGCGAACCAAUAUCUUAACAGACCACUUCCAGUAUAACCGGCAAAACUAUCCGACUACCUACAACUUAAAUCGUUUUGAUAUAUAGAGUCCUGGCAAACAGGUAUAGACUGUGAUAUCAA